UUACAAAGUCAAAUAGAAGUUUACAAACUAACAAACAAAGUCAAAUAGAAGUUUACAAACUAACAAACAAAGUCAAAACGGAGAGAAAUGAUGAUUAGACAAAGAAGGCCCGUAGGCUACAGACCUAAGCCCAAAAGUGAAAACGGGUUGUCUUUGUUUGCAUGAUCCACUACCAAAACCAGAUCCGGUUUUACUUACCGAUCCGACGGCGGAUCAAGUCUCGUGUCAUAUGAUUUCUAACCGGCGAAUCUCGCCGGCGUUAAACCUUUCGGGCUUGUUUUCGCCGGGAGCAGCAGGAAUUCAUCGCAUACAAGGAGUGAAGUCUCCUCCUCCCAUGGUGGUUUCUCCCUCCAAUGCCCAUCAGUAACCCUAGGAAACGGCCAGUCUGUGUCGCUCGAUCGUUUCUAAGCAGACACGCGAGCAAAGGAGAGCUCUCUCAGGCGGUGUCUCAUCUCGAGUCUUUGACAGAAGCAGGGAUUCGCUUACCCUUUGAAGUCCUAGCGUCGCUGCUACAGCGUUGUGGAGAUACGAGGUCUCUGAAACAAGGCAAAUGGAUUCAUCGUCACUUGAAGAUAACAACUGGAUUCAAGAGACCCAAUACGCUUUUGUCCAAUCAUUUGAUCGGAAUGUACAUGAAAUGUGGUAAACCUAUCGAUGCGUGUAAAGUGUUUGAUAAAAUGCAUUUCAGGAACUUGUAUUCGUGGAACAAUAUGAUCUCUGGGUAUGUCAAAUCAGGGAUGUUGGUUCGCGCACGAGUCGUGUUCGAUAGUAUGCCCGAGAGGGAUGUCGUGUCCUGGAACACGAUGGUCAUCGGGUACGCUCAGAACGGGAACCUACACGAGGCCCUGUGGUUUUACAGAGAGCUGAGGAGAUCUGGGAUCAAGUACAACGAGUUCAGCUUCGCCGGAGUUUUGACGGCAUGUGUGAAAUCGAGGGAGCUCCAGCUCAACCGGCAAGCUCACGGGCAGGUCCUGGUUGCUGGGUUUCUGUCAAAUGUUGUGCUUUCUUGUUCAAUCAUCGAUGCGUACGCAAAAUGUGGGCAGAUGGAGAGCGCUCACAGAUGUUUUGAUGAGAUGUCAGUGAAGGAUAUUCAUAUUUGGACCACUCUCAUCUCCGGAUAUGCCAAACUUGGGGACAUGGAAGCCGCUGACAAGUUAUUCUGUGAGAUGCCAGAGAAAAAUCCAGUCUCUUGGACCGCAUUGAUUGCUGGAUAUGUUAGACAAGGUUCAGGGGACCAAGCGCUGGACUUGUUCAGAAAAAUGAUUGCUUUGAGGGUUAAACCAGAGCAAUUUACUUUCAGCAGCUGUCUCUGUGCCUCUGCGAGCACUGCAUCUCUUAGACACGGGAAGCAAAUUCAUGGCUACAUGUUCCGCACAAAUGUUAGUCCCAAUGCGAUUGUUAUAAGUUCUUUGAUCGAUAUGUACUCCAAAUCAGGGAGCUUAGAAGCCAGCGAGCGGGUUUUCGAUCUCUGCGGUGACAAGCGAGACUGCGUUUUGUGGAAUACGAUGAUUUCUGCAUUGGCACAGCACGGGCUUGGCCACAAGGCCUUGCGCAUGCUUGAUGACAUGAUCAAACUCAGAGUUCAUCCAAAUCGGACGACUCUGAUUGUGAUUCUCAGUGCCUGUAGUCACUCAGGUCUGGUAGAGGAAGGAGUCAGGUGGUUUGAGUCAAUGACAGUUGAGCACGGGGUCGUUCCCGACCAAGAACAUUACGCAUGUCUGAUAGAUCUCCUAGGUCGUGCCGGUUGUUUCAAUGAACUGAUGAGCAGGAUAGAGAAGAUGCCUUUUAAACCAGACGAGCAUAUCUGGAAUGCAAUCCUAGGAGUAUCCAGAAUCCAUGGAAACGUAGAGCUGGGAAAGAGAGCGGCGGAAGAGCUGAUCAAAUUGGACCCAGAGUCGUCUGCGCCAUACAUAUUGCUCUCGAGCAUUUACGCAGACCAUGGGAAUUGGGAAUCAGUUGAGAAGCUGAGAGGGGUUAUGAAGAUGCGAAGGGUGAAUAAAGAAAAAGCUCUUAGUUGGAUUGAAAUCGAGAAGAAAAUUGAAACUUUCGCAGUAUCAGACGGGUCGCAUCAACGUAAAGAAGAGAUCUACUCCGUUCUGCAUAAUCUGGCUGCACUUAUGGAAGAAGAAGCUUCAAGAACAUGAUCCGCGUUCAAGAAGAUGCAAAUUUUUCUUUCCAGGAUUGUACACUGUUAAAGCCUGCAAAAAGAGCAGAGAUUUAUACGUGUUGUGAUGAUUUCGUUUUUAGCUUCAGAAGUUUUGUAAGUCUAGCAGAGCUAACAACUACAAAUUUUGUUUU